AUGGCCCCGCGUGCGAAAGCUUCCUCGGAGACCGUCGAGCCCGCCAGGAGGUCGACGCGGAUCUCUGCUCAGCCCAAGGUCGAAGCCGUGAAGGAGAUUGUCAAGAAGGCUGUGACGAAGGCGACUAGCAAGAAGAGGGCAGCCGACGCGGAGGGUGCGAACGAUGGGGGCGACGCGGCACCCACCGUGAAGAAGAGCAAAGCUGAAAAUCCGGCGUCGGAGGAGUCGGGGGACGCACUCAACGAUAAGGCCGAAGCACCAGCUCUGUCGUCUAUUGACAUUGGAGACUCACUCCCGUCGUAUACGCUCAAGAGUGAGAAGGACGAGGAUGUCAACGUGGCGGCACUAGCGGCUGAGAAGGGCGUCAUAUUUUUCCUAGUGCCCAAAGCCGAUACCCCGGGUUGCACCACGCAAGCUUGCGGAUUCCGGGAUAUCUAUCCCGAUUUCACGGCGCUUGGCUUCGAUGUCUACUGCCUCAGCGCAGACAAGCCGUCUGCUCAGGCCAAAUGGCAAACUAAGAAAGAGCUCCCUUAUCCACUACUCUCAGACCCGAAGCGUGUGCUUAUCACAGCGCUGGGUGCCGGAGAAGGGGGCAAGACGAAGCGGAGCCACUUCAUUUUUGCGAAGGGCGGGAAACUUGUCGACAAGAAGGUCCCGGUGAAGCCUGCCGACAGCCCUAAGCUUGCGUUGGAAUUCGUCAAGUUGAGCGCGGCGGAGACCUAG